AAAGUGAAACUGAACGGUAGACUACCUUGUACAAAAGUAAAGAGACCGCAUUUGAGAAAGAGAGCGAUGGAGGACGAUUUCCCUUUCCCUCUCCGGGUGGAAGGCGACUGGGACGCGAGUAUCCCCAAAUUAAAAAACAAGCUUAACAUUUACUUUCAAAGUAGAAAGGCCAACGGCGGUGACUGUUCGGUAGAAUACGAAUCAUCAGAUGGACAGAGAGCGGUCGUCUGGUUCAAGACUGAAGAAGUAAGACAGAGAGUUCUAAACAAACAAGGACACGAAUUGAAACUUGGACGAGGACUGCUAAAGCUGACCGUCAGACUGCCGCAAUCUGAAGAGACGAGCAGCAAUUUCCCAGAAACAUCAGAUGAAAUCUCAUCAAUUCCUCCUGCUGAUCCACCAGCAGAUGAAAAGGGACCCUCCGCCCCGACUCAGGGGGAGACCAAGGAGGUGGUGGCAGCACAAGAGGAGAAGGAGGCAGAGGAAGAGCUGCAGACGGUCUCCGUGUUGCUGGAAAAUAUCCCAGAGAAAAUGAACAGCACGAUGAUAGAGCUGCUGGUGGAGAACAUUAGUGACACCUCUAUGGAACGGGGGGACUUCAGCCUGGAAAUCAUGCCUGACAUCAGUGUGGCAGUGGUGUCCUUUAAGGAGAGCAAACACACGUCUACCUUCCUUUCAGAGGGCCCAAGGAACAAGCUGUUUAUGAAGAAUAAAUUAUCUGCCAGAGCCCUCGAAGUUACAAAGACUGUGAAAGUUGACAACAUACCUCCCAGUGUCAGCAAUGAUUACCUUAGGCUCUACUUUAAAAUGGAAGGAAAGGAAGAAGUAGAAGAUGUAAAACAAUUGGAAGAUGAGGAGUGCACUGCAUUUAUAACUUUCAGACAUCAUAAAGGUGUGAACCAAGUAACAAAAAAAAUCCUUUGCAUUAACGGAAUGCGUAUCGGAGUGUAUCCAUAUUACGAAUCCCUGGGAACAGCUCUGUACGGGAAAGAGAGACCCACAUUGAAGUUACCAGAUUCUUUUACUGAAAGCAUGGAUUCUGCUGUGUGGAAAUUCCUGCAAGACAAACAGCUGGUUGAAGAGAUCAACGAAGUAAUGGCCGGGAAUUUCUGCAAAGUGGAUCUCCAGAGUUCUGAGGUGCUCAUUAGCCCCCUGCGGUCCCUGCUGAAGAAGAAGGGCUUGACGGCUAAGGACAUCAACCACUGGAAGGAGAAAGCCAAUGCAACCUUUCACCUCGCCAUCUCCAAGUUCCAGUCCUUUGACUGCAAGGUUAUGCCUGCCGUGUGGGAGGAAUCAGAAACGGAGAUCCGCAGGGCCCUGACGGAGGCCGUUGUCAUAGCACCUGACAUGGCUAGAGGGGUAGUAACUCUAGCAGGCCUGGCCGAGGAUGUCAACAAGGUCAAGGAUGUACUGGAGGGCAUUGUAGGUACAGCCACCAGAAGGCUGGAGAGGGAGAGAGACAGCAUCACAGCGGAGGCCUCUGUGGCUCCUUCUCUCUACCACAUCUUGCAACAAGACAGACUACCUCAGAAGCUUGCCACUGACUACCCGGAGCUGAAGAUGACCUACAGCCCUGCCGACCAGAAGGUGAUCCUCUGUGGAUUGUCCGCCGAGGUGUAUGCUGCCAAGAUCAAGGUUCUGGAGCAAGUCAUGGCCAUGAAACGGAAGAUGGUGGAGGUCGACGAGGACGUGCUCGCCUUCCUGUCCGAGGCAGACAAAGAGCAACUAUGCAACUGUUUAUUUACGGAGGAGGGGAUCAAGGCUACGUACGACACAUGUGACAGAAGAGUCCAGCUUUUGGGGGGAACAGACCAGGCCCUCUGUGAUGCGGAGAAGCAGCUAAAGACGACUUUGAGUUCGUACAGCAUAGAGGUGGAAGACGAGACUGUGCUGAGUAAACCAGAAUGGCAGAACUUAGUCACCCGUUUAAAGGAAUCCUUCAACUCCCCUGUAAAGAGAGUGAAAGUCAGGAGAACUGGCUAUGACACCAAACAAGAAGUAAUAGUGUCUGGCUUUCAAGGCGCGGUUAAUUUAGUGCAGCAAGAAUUGUUUAAUUUCAUUUCCAAUAACACAAUAAUUGAAUUUACUUUGGAUGUUAAAUCAAGGGCUACAUUAAAAUUUAUUCAAGACUGGAAGAAAGAAAGCUGGUCAGAGGCUGUUAAAAGAGAUGUACAAGUUAACUUUAAUUAUGAGACCAGAAGCCCAAACAUCUGGCUGCGUGGCUCCAGAGCUCAUAUGGCAGAUGUCAAGAAUUUACUUCAGAACACGAUUUCCUCUGUUCAUUUUGAUACCUUAAAAAUAGCCAAGCCUGGGGCAAAAAAGUUUUUCAAGGAAAAGUGGGAGUUUGUGGAGAAUGCAGCUGCCAAGACUGGGUGUCUGAUUCAACUGGUGGAGGAUGACCCAGAAGACGAAUCUUCCAACGAUGAUGAUGAUGGUCAAGACAUGGGAGAUGCUAUGCAGAAGACCAUGCCUCCGGCCAGGCUUGCAGUUGGAGACAAGCAGCUUGGAAAAGUGCAGGCUAGCACAAGCCAAGACAGGACGCAAACCAGAGAGGGGCUGACCAUUAUCCUGUCAAAAGGGAAUAUCCAGGAUGCAUCAACAGAUGUGGUUGUGAACAUCUUGGGAGAGAGCCUCAGCCUGGACUCCGGCAAUGUUUCCAGGGCAAUCCUCCAUGCAGCCGGAGAGGAGCUCCAGACCCUGCUUCAGGCAGAGGUGGCCGGAAGCAAGCCUGCGACAGGAGCGGUCCUCGUCACCAAAGGCUGCAACCUGAAGAGUAAAAAUGUCUUCCAUGCCCUCGCCCCGCACUGGGACAAAGGGAAGGGCAAGACAGACCAGGUACUGGAACGCAUUGUUGAGCAAUGUCUGGAGAAGGCGGAGGAGCUCCAGCAAAGAUCCAUCGCUUUCCCGGCCAUUGGCAGUGGAAACCUGGGUUUUCCCAAGGACUUUGUGGCCUCCAUGUUGCUGGGGCAGGUAGUCAGCUUCAGCAGCAAGACGAACCUCAAGCACCUGCAGGAGGUGGUGAUUGUCCUUCACCCCAGCGAUGCUCAGACUUCUCAGGCCUUCUACACUGAAUUUAGUAAGAGGUUCGCAGGCAUCUCUUCGAGCCUGAGCCAGCCAGCAAAUCCAGCCACAGCACCCACACAGCCUGGAAAAGCUCUCUUUUCAAAGGUCACCGGUAUAGCCCAAGGACACGAGAUGAGAGUGGGAGGAGUGCUGCUCCAGGUUGUCACAGGUGACAUCACUGCAGAGACCAGCGAUGUCAUUGUUAACUCCUCCAAUGCCGACUUCUCCCUCAGAUCAGGUGUCUCAAAGGCAAUUUUGGAUGCAGCUGGUCCAACCGUCGAUGCAGAGUGCAAGCAACUCGGUGCUCAGGCCAACAAAGACAUGAUAAUGACUCAGCCAGGCAACCUCAAGAGCAAGAAGAUCAUCCACAUCGUAGGCCAGACCGAUGUCGCCAAGAUCAUCGGGUCUGUCAAGGCCGUCCUCCAGAUGUGUGCUCAGCACAAGUUCACCUCGGUUUCCUUCCCUGCCCUCGGAACAGGUCAGGGAGGAGUUGGCCCCUCCCAGGUGGCCGAUGCCAUGCUGGACGCCGUUGAGGAAGUGGUCAAGCAGGACCCUGCCAUGUCUUUGCGGCUGGUCAGGCUGGUCAUCUUCCAGACGCCCAUGCUGACCCACUUCCACAGCAGCAUGCAGAAGAGAGAGAGCAUGGGAAUACAACCCCAGGCUCCAAAAGGCGUAAUCAGCAAGCUUGCAAUGUUCUUCAAAAGUGGUAAACAGGAGGGCAAGAAAAUAUUCAAGACUUUCAGACUUGAGGGAAAGACGCUUGAAGCGGCAAUCUUCCACCUGUGCGGGGACUCGCAGGCUAGUGUGGAUCAGGGCAAGCGCUGGAUCCAGGAAUUGUUCCACAAAGAGCUGGCCUUCGAGAGGAUCACAGACGAGGCUAUCCUUCACCUCUCGGAUGAGGACAAGAAGAAGAUCCAGGACCUGCAGCAGCAGCUGCAGGUAAGCCUGAAACUAGAAGAGGGGGACCCAGAGGCUACCAUCAUUGUAGAGGGGCUCAGUCGCGAUGUCUUAAAGGCCGGGGGGAAGAUCCGGUGCAUGCUGAAGACGGCUCGGGAUCAGCAGACCCAGAACAGGGAUGCAGACCUCCUCUGUAACCUGGUGGAGUGGCAGUACCAGCAAGGGGGCCAGUAUGUCGCCUUCGACAAGCUUGUGAACCUCCAUCUAGAGCGGGCUAUGCAAAACCAGAAGCCAGAAGUCAAGAUCGAGAUCGAACGGCAGCCCUACAAAGUCUCCCUGCCCAACGGGCCUGCCGUGGACAGCGGGGGCAAACCGCUCCAAAUAAAACGCGUGGACAAGCAAGAAGAACAAGACACACGCAAACUCCCAGAACACUGGAGUGCCAUGAAGGCAGACCAGCCGUGCCUGACCACUCCUCUACAACCUGGAGACGCAGAGUACAAAGAAGUGCUUAACUUGUUUCAAGCCACAUGUAAAAAUCCAGUUUCAAAGAUUGAAAGGGUGCAGAACCCCUGCCUGUGGAUGAACUACCAGAUCUUAAAGCAAACCAUGAAUCAGACCAACGGACACCAGAAUAACGAGAAAAGGCUGUUCCAUGGAACCAGCGAGCCCACCAUCCAGCACAUCAACCACCGCGGCUUCAACCGCAGCUACGCGGGGAAAAACGCUGCGGCCUUUGGGAACGGAACUUAUUUUGCAGUUGGAGCCAACUACUCGGCUCAGAACACAUACUCGGUGCCUGAUGCCCAGGGGCAGAAGUAUAUGUACCUCUGCAGAGUGUUGACUGGGGAUUUUACAAAUGGGCGCAGUGGAAUGAUUGUACCUCCACCCAAAAGCAAUGCUUCCCAUGUCCUCUACAACAGCGUGACCGACAACGCUGCCUCCAUGUUCAUCAUCUUCAACGACAUCCAGGCCUAUCCAGAGUACUUGAUCACUUUCCGCUAGAUCCUUCCUCCUUUAGCAACUGUCCUAUUACCAAAACUUACUGUGCACCGCCAUUGCCUUUUCCAAUGCUCUGAUACUUUACAAUCCUUGUAAAAAAUUAUACUGAAUAAAAAGCAUAAUAUCAUAAAUGUGAAAAAAAAAAAAAUACUUUACUCCACUUUACUUUACUCCAUACUUCAUGAAUAAAUUUGGAUGUUAUGGGGGGGGUACAUUUAACCAAAUGACACGUCACUGAGAUCGCAUAUUUAUACCUUUGUAUUUGUAUGAAUACAGUCUCAGAAUUUAAAUGUUAAUGAUCUUAAUGGUAAAUUUUAAAUAAAGGUGUACUUGUUGACCCAAGAACAGUUUGGGUCACAUUUUUUCUUUGACAGAAUAAAAUGUUCCACUCCA